GAAUUCAUGCUUAUUGGUUUUAAAAAUCUUCACAACUUUCAAGCACUUAUUUUUAUUUUAUUUUUCAUUAUCUACGUUUUCACAUUGUCCGGAAAUCUUUUGAUCAUCUUACUGGUGGCAACCAAUGCUCGUCUUUGUUCUCCAAUGUACUUCUUCCUUAGCAACCUAUCUAUUUGCGAGGUUGUUUUCACUACAAAUAUUGUUCCCAAUAUGUUAGAUGACUUACUUUCAGAAGAUGGUUCAAUAUCACUCCCUGGGUGCCUGACUCAAUAUUACUUCUUCAGCUCUACAGCCACAACUGAAUGCUUGCUACUUGCACUUAUGUCAUAUGACCGAUAUUUGGCGAUAUGCAGACCACUACAUUACUCUUCGCUUAUGAACUUUCAAUUCUGCUGCCAGACAUCCAUGUGGGCUUGGUUAGCUGGUUUAACAAUAUCAAUGGUAACCCUAAUUUUACUAUGUAAGUCACAUUUUUGUGGUCCAAACAUAAUUGACAAUUUCUUCUGUGAUCUUUCACCUCUCAUAGAACUUUCCUGUUCAAAUACACUUCUAAUAGAAAUUGAAUCAUUUAUAUUUGCAUCCAUAUUAACAUUAUUGCCCUUUGUAUAUAUCAUUGUGACUUACAUUAUUAUUCUUUACAAUAUUUACAAGAUCCCUUCAUCAACUGGUAGAAAGAAGGCCUUUUCCACGUGUAGUUCUCACCUUGCUGUUGUAGCCACUUAUUAUGGGACCCUCAUCACUAUGUAUGUAGCACCAUCUCGCAAACAAAUAUCCAGCAUAAGCAAAGCAUUGUCAUUGCUUUAUACAGUAGUUACUCCGCUCUUGAAUCCAAUUGUAUAUAGUCUUAGAAAUAAAGAAAUUCACUUCGCACUAAACAAUAUAUUAAAGCAUUUCAAAAUACCAUUCAAUAAACAUGACAAUUUAUCAUUGUAA